AUAAAGUAUUUGCCUUUUUCUUUAUGUCUAUUAUAUACUGACCUUUCAUGUCAUUUAUUCAACUGGGUUGAUUUUUUUUUUUUGGCUUGUUUGGUUUCUGGGAAAUGAAAAGAAACAUCUAAAGAUUGAAACUCACUAAAAAAGAUUGAAUCUUUUCAUUUCAACUGUUUUAUCAGCUGGUAAAGUUCAAUUUUUAUACUGGGUUUUCUUUGUUCUUUCCUCAAGUUUCGAGUUUCAGGUUUGUUCUUGGCUGGUUCGUGUGAGCUUUUGGAUUGCUCUUGCUGUUGAAUUGGUUGUCUAGAGUUUUUCUUGUUUGUUUUUUUGCUAUGUUUGGUUGCUGAGAAAAUUGGAAGGGAAUGAUGAUUUGUUUGGUUUCUAUUUGGAGAUUGAUUCAGCUAAAGAAGGUUAGAAUUAGCUGGAUUUGUUGAUGUUGGCAUAGUAUGACUGAAAGCAAUAGCAAUGCAAGUGUGAGCUCGAGUUCGAGUUUGAAUAGCAGCUUUCCGGACAUAGAGGAUGACCAAACCAUUGCAAGCAUCUUAGCAGAAGAUGAAAGUUCUCAAGUUGCUGGAACGCUUGGGAAGAGACUGUCGCAUUUGGACUCCAUACCACACACUCCACGGGUGAAUGGUGAGAUACCUGAUGUGAAUGAUGCAACCUUAGACCAUGAGCGACUGUCUGAAAGGUUGGCAACAUAUGGUUUAGAAGAACUGCAAAUCGAGGGCGAUGGGAAUUGCCAGUUUCGAGCAUUAGCAGACCAAUUGUUCCGCAGUCCAGAUUACCACAAACAUGUGAGGAAGAAAAUAGUCAAGCAGCUAAAGCAUUUCAGAAAAUCAUAUGAGGGAUAUGUCCCCAUGAAGUACAGAAGCUAUGUGAAGAAGAUGAAAAAGCCAGGGGAGUGGGGGGAUCAUCUAACUCUACAGGCAGCGGCAGAUCAAUUUGGAGCCAAAAUUUGUUUGGUAACAUCUUUCCGGGACACAUGCUAUAUCGAGAUCAUGCCCAAAGACAAAAGUCCCACCAGAGAACUUUGGCUGAGCUUUUGGAGCGAAGUUCAUUACAAUUCAUUGUAUGCAACUGGAGAUGUCCCGACCAGAGUAGCAAGAAAGAAGCAUUGGCUUUUUUAAAUGUUUGACAUGCCGGCAGGAGAUCAAGCAAUGUCAUAUCCACUCUUCGUUUGUUCUCUAUACAUGUACAUAAUUUCCAAAUAAGCAAGCAACUAUAGAGUAUUUAACUAGCAAAUAUGUAACUUGAUAUUGAAUUCAAUAUUGUAUAUUCAUUGUUUUUCUUUUUAA